AUGAAUCGUGGAAAAAAAUUAGUUGGAAUGGUUGAAAAAAAGUCCAAUACCACAACAAAAAAUUGUAUACUCAUCAAGCACAAAAAAAAUGAAAAUGUAGAAAAUUGGUCAAGCACAAGAAAUGGCAUAGAAGUGGACCUAAACAGGUUAAAUGGAGUAGAUAUAGAUGACUUUAUAAUAGAAUUUUCAGAUAAUAAUAAAAUAAAUAACAACAAAGAAGAUAGUGAUAACAUUCUUGAAAACAAUUCGUUAAAUUUAGUUUAUGAACAAACUGUAGAUAAUAUUGUUAUAUUAGAUACUCAAAAUGUUGAAGAAAGUUCUGAUUUGAAAAUAAAUACUAUCGAUACUUCUGAAGUACUUGAAAACAAUUUAUGCGAUGAAAUAACUAAAGAUAUAGCAAUAUUAGACACUCAACUUUAUGAAAAUUAA